CAGAAGGGCAGGACCGCGUCCCCGGAGCUGCCUCAAGCAGCUAGCUCUUUAUUCAGACGGAGCAGUUUCUAUAUUUGGUUUAAACGCCAAAGAGAGGCUGGUUGAGUUUCGCCACUGAGGUUGCUCCAAGACCGCACGUGGAAAUCUGCGUCUGAAUCCGGAGGAAACGCAUCCAAGAAAGAGAAACCUGCCGACCCCCUCAGCGAAAGUGACGGACGGAGCAGAGCCUGAUCGCCGGGAUUUUUUUUUUUUUGCAUCAGUUUAGGAUAUUCCAGGCUGCUGCUUUGGCCCUGCCUGGAUUUCGUUCAGGGUAUAUCAACACAAAAAUUGCCUGAAUCAUAUUCCUAAACAUUUACGUUUGCAAUCUACAUUUUAAAAAAAUUGUCCAUAAGAAGGAGACGGACCCAUGCGUAAUAACAGCGCUGGAUUUUUGGAAUACUGCGUAAAACAGUCCAGUUUUUCAUUGUUUGGAAGUAUCCUCAAGCGACAGAAAAGAGCGAGUGUUUCUUUUCACUUUGCUUUCAGAGGUUAAGCGCUGAAAAACGAGAAGCGCUUCUCGGUGCGCAAUCCUUCCGAGGACGCUUCUGAGAGACUCCGCCGACCUGCGCUCUUAACCUCCACAUUCUAUCGGCAGCCAAGUCGAGCUGAUAAAAGGGAGGGAAAAAAACAGAGGGCGAAGCUUAUUAACUUUGCAUGCUCAAGGCGAGAUUGUGGAAUCUUUAAUUUUUGCAUACCACUGGAAGACGAGGAUAAACUUAAUCAGCAUUGACUCUUUGCAGAGAAGCAGCAGCGGCAGCUGGAUUUCUGGGGGGAAGCGGAAUGAAUCCUUUUUAAUUUGGCCCAAAGAAGAAUGAGGCAGAUUGCUUAACGAUUGCAUGGAGUUCUAGUCUGUAAUAAGGAACAAUUUAUGGUUGUCCGCAGAACUCCCCCGGUUGUAAUACUGUGCCCACCUCGCCAUGCUGGCCUGUCUGCAGAGGAGGCAGAACCCCCCGCCCCAGCACCCGGUGUGUGCCAGCAAGACCUUGGAGCCGCCGCAAGUCCUCGGACGGAAAUGUGACCUGGUGGUACCUUCACCUUCCUCACGGUACCCUACAGCAGCAGAACUCGAUGCUUAUGCUCAGAAGACGGCGAACAGCCCACUGUCCAUCAAGAUUUUCCCCACCAACAUCAGGGUUCCCCAGCACAAGCACCUUAACCGGACUGUGAAUGGAUAUGAUACCACAGGGCAGCGCUACAGCCCUUACCCCCAUCUCCACACAGGAGGGUACCAGGGUCUCCUUGCCAUUGUCAAGUCCUCAUCAUCGUCAUCCACCUUUGGUCAUUCCAAAGGUGUUCUCAAGAACUCAGAAGGCAGACGGACUAAGCUCUCUCCAGCUCACAUAGCUGUGGCCCCGUAUCCACCCCCUAAUAGUAGCACUUUAGCCAGCAGUCAUGGCCAAAUGGUAUACCACUCUGGGCCCUCAAAGCCUCCAGAAGGCUCUGGACAUUCAGUACCCCCAAAUGUCACUGUGGCUGGCUCUGUGAUUCCUGUAACCGGGGGCCGAGGCCUGUCCCUGCCUGCACAGUCUAAUCUCCCCUCCAUUCAGAGUAUCAUCUAUCAGAUCAACCAACAUUGCCAGGCUCAGGCCCUGCAGCAGGUGUGUCACGGGGCUUCCACUGCACCAACAAAUUCCAGCCCCUCCAAGCAGGUCACAGCAGUCAUGGGGGUCGGUUCGAGCUCCUCAGGUGGAGGCUAUGUCGUAGGAAUGGGUCCCCAGGCUAACAUGGUGUACACGGGAUCAGGGCUGCCAGCGCAAAGUGCAGAAGUAAUGAAGAGCGGCGUGUACGCGGAGGGUAUGGACUACAUUCUGUGGCAGAAACAACAACAGCAACAGCACCAACAGCAGCAACAACAGCAGGCUGUCCUCCGCAUGUACAGUGGAGGCAGCGGAGGAGGGGGCGCCAUCAGCAAGUCCCCCGAAACCUGUAUUCCAGGUGGGGGAAUCAUGGCGGCCCAGGUGUCCUCCUCCUCCUCUUCCAGACCUUACCACCUGACAGCGAGUGCCAGCGGCGGGGGUGGGCUUGACAAAGUCAGCUCUUCCCCUUUGAACUGUGUGGGCAUGCACGGGAAUUUCUCAGUGGGUCAGUACUUUGCACCACCGUGGAACAGUGUCCUGGUGACGCCCGACAGUGACUGCUACAACCCCCAGGAGCUGCUGGGCACCUCCACGGGAGGUCCGGCGACGGGCCACAGAGAAAUGGGCUAUCCUCACCACCAUCACCACUACCAUCAUCACCACCACCACCCUGCCGUUGACAGCGGUGGGGGUCUGUGCUGCAGCCUGCCCAGCAAGAGCCUGUGCAACACCUCAGUGCUGAGCAGCAGCCUGCAGUCUCUGGAGUAUCUGAUCAACGACAUCCACCCUCCCUGCAUCAAGGAGCAGAUGCUCGGCAAAGGCUACGAGACUGUGUCGGUGCCGCGGCUGUUGGACCACCAGCAUGCACACAUCCGCCUUCCUGUUUACAGAUAAAACGGACGGGUGGGAGGAAGAAGAGGAGGAAAUUAAUCAAGAAAUCAAGACAGAGAUGCUACGGGACUGUUGUGAGUGCCACAGCUUUAACGAUCGUGGCAUCUUAGAGAAGAGCAGUUGCUGUGCUGUGUAACCGUAGAUUUUCUGGUUUUAAAGCAGGCUGUGGGGGAUCCCUAACACAAGAGGUAGUAGUUACUGCCAGCGGGAUGGAAAAGGGAUUCCAAGAUUCUCCUGAUGUUCCAUUGUGUGGUUUGCCAAUAGGAGUUUUGGAUUAAUAAUUUUUUUUUUUUUUUUGCUUUGUUGUUUUAUCUUCUUAAACAGUUUUUUUUUUAAUGAGAAUCAUAGCUUGACAUGAAGUGCAUACGCCACUUGUAUCUCCUCUCCAAAUACUAAGGAUGAAGCUACUGUGUAGGUUGUCACUGAAAUGGUCUUAAAGGGCCAGCGCUUAGGGCUGCUUUUAAAACCCAAAAGUCAGUAACAGUACAUAAGUACAGAAAUGUGCUGAAAAAACCAGAAGAUUACUAGCAGUUCUAGGGUGUUCUUAUAAAAAGGAUCACAAGGUUGAAUUUAAAAGGGUAGUACAAUAUUAGUUAUUGUUGCUGUUAUAAUUGAUAAAUUAAUUGCACUGCUUGAAUUUUGUUAACUUUGAAGUUUGGAAUUGGGUAGUUUGGAUAUGAUAUAUUUAAGAAACUUGAAAAACUUGAACCUAUUUUUUGUUGUUUGAUAUAUUUGUAGGUAUAUUAUAUGUAUUGGCUGCUACAAGGAAAAGUGUCUCAACUGUUUUGUUUUUUUAUCUUAUUCUAUUGUUUUCCUUUUUUCGUCAUUAUGAUUUAAAAUUUCCUCCUUAAGCUGACGUGCAGUCUCUUAUGUUCUGACGUGAGACAGAGUUGCUGCUUUGGUUCUGUAAGAACCUGAACGGAGAGCUCUUUUUUUUUCCCUAACCAACACUGGAACCGACAAUAAAUUUCAAAAUACUUAUUUAAAAGAAAAAAUGUUGCAAAAAAUACGAAAAACAAAAAAAAGAAAUGUUACAGUGAAGAAUGUGACUGGGAGGGAACAGAGAUAACCUUAUGUGUACGGCAGCUUGUAAAGGUGACGUUUGACAUUUUCGCUUUUCUUCACUGUUCGACCCCAAAUCUCAUAGGUUUUAUUUUGAUUCAUGUUUCAGAUCAAAACAAAGUCGUACCUAAUUGGGAACUGAUUUUACUUUUUUUUUUAUUACAAAAAAAAUGACACUUAUUCUGUCCGUGUAGAAGAAAAGCAUACCUACAUGAUGAAGCUGCCACCACAAGAGCAUGUUUACUGUGUCCCAUACACAGCUUCUGGCAAACUGCAGAUGAGAUCUAUUUUUUUUUUCAGCAAAGGGUUUCUUCUCAUUACCCUUACACAGAGUUUGUGGAGCACAUGUCUAAUAAUUGUCUUGUUACCAGAUUUUGAUCUCCACCGCUCCUCCAGAGUUAACAUUGAUCUCUUGGCUGUUUUAUUUUAUUAAUGCUCAGUCCUCUGUGGCUCUUUCCAAAUUAAGAAUAUUGUUUUAUAAUCUAAAUUUCCCAUCACUCAUUCUUUGACCUAUCUGCUAUAUUCUUGGUCUUCAUGUUUGUGUUCAAAUGUUUUCAAAAAACUCAUUUAUGAGCUCUUGAGCAGAUGACUGAAAUGGAAUUAAACACAAGAGGCUCAAAAAUAUUUUAUCUUUUUACGUCACAAUCAUGCACUACUUUGUGUUGAUCUAUCACAUAAAAUCUCAAUAAAACGCCUUGAAAUUUGUGUUUGUAACACGAAAAAUGGUUUUAAUGUUAAAGGGAAUACCUUUACAAGGCGCUGUAUGUUGAAGCGUGUAUGCGGCAGAGUGCAUGUGUGUUUGUACCUUCUUAGUUUGCGUUCUUCAAAAUCCUCAGACUUUUUUUUAUUUUACUGUGUGAUUACCAGACUUUUCCAGUGAGACUGACCGACUGAUUCAGCAGUCCCAUAAACAUUAUGACAAACAUUAUGACUGAGUUAUGUACAGGAGAUAACUUGCUUCUUUUUAUUGGAGGCUUUAGAUUUUCUGUGCAGGUGGAGUCAUUUGACUCCUUUAUUGCUGCACUUACAGCAGCUGUGAAAACAAAUUAGAUCGUGCGUUUGGGGUACUUUAUUGUUGCAAACGAGUACAAAACGAAAACAAUCAUGCCCCGUCUUUUUCUCUUUGUUACCCAUUUCAGCUACGGGUGGGCGUGCAGUUGGCCCAGGCCAGUCUUAACUUUGAUGAUUCAGAGCAGUGAAAUAUUCAUUAUGACUCUGAGGUUUCCCCGAAUGUACUGCACUUAAAUUACCACAAUAUUUUUGUUGCCUUGUGGGACCCGAGCGGGUGAGAAAAAUUGUAUCAGUGCAGCGGCUCUCUGGUCUUAAAUUAGCAUUUCUUUUGUCAGUCAAAUUUCAGCGGCAAAUUGAAUUUAUUAACUGGACAGAAUGAGAGAACGGGGAGCUUUGUUGUGGAGAAAUACUGGCAUCGGUCUAGAUUUAUGAAGUGCAAUUAUAAUGACUGUAUUAACAUUUUUUUCUCUGAGCUUACACCAAAAAAAAUGUAAACUACAGUUUUCAAUACAUUCCCAAUGUACCACAUCCCCAAUCUUUAUCUCUGGUUUCUUUGUUUUGAUUUGUUCUAAGGUGUAAAAUAAAUUCCUUUAAGAAUAUAUUCAGAAGCCAUACCUUGGCUAUGAAGUCUGUGAUUAUUUUUCUUCACAUUUGCUCUCUGGAGGCCAGUGGGAUCCUGGACCUUUGUUGUAGUAGGUCUUCUAGACCUGUAAUGUAAUCUGACGUGUGAUUCCUUAUUGAUUAGAACCUUGUAUUUUUUAUUGAUUUUCUAAAUGUUUAGACUUUGGCCAUCCCGAUAGAAAAGGAGAAACAGUGCUGCCAGAUAAAGUUUUUUUUUUUUUCUUAAAUAAAACUGUUGUAUGGAUUAUGGAAGAAAACAGGGGGACUAAAAAGUGUAAUAGGAAAUUAAUAUCCUUUUAUUGUUACUUUUUGAAAAAAAAAAACUAUCCAAACUCUCAUCGUUACAUGUCGAACUGGGGCUGAUUUAGGUUUUUGAUGGCUGACAGAUAUUCCAGACUUGAAGAAUAAAAGCCUCUUGGCUUACAUUUGCAUAGUAAAACCUCAACAUUGCAGAGAUGCAUUAUGUUUCAGCAGCCAAAUUCUUUAGCCACAGUCUGAUUCCAGCAUAUUUUCUGCGUGGUAGAAGUAUUUUGACAGAUUUACACAUACGUCCCAUCCCCAAAUCCUUUCCGUUUGACUUCUGCAUCCAAGCAUUAAACCCCGUCACAUGAUGUUGCUGUGAAAAGGGAGAUGUUUUAAGGCAGUGGAGUUUCUAGCAUCUGCGUCUCUCCCAUCCCCCUCCACCAGUGGAGAUCUGAUGCACCAGGCCUCCUCAGCUAACGGAAAUGUUACAUGACAUCUUGGCUACUGGACAUUGCCAUUCGAGAUUGUCAACCGAAAUCAAACCCAUCGCAAGGGAUUCAGAAGAGAGACGCAGAUCAAAUCAUUGACUCACAUCUUUCCACAUUACAACCAUAAACGUUAGGAAGUUUUGCGCGACAGACACAAAUUAUUGCACAGUUGUGAAGAGAAAAGAAGAGAUUUGAUUUCAACGUUUUACAUAAAUGAAAUUCUAAAAGGUGUGUUGUGUAUUCUCAUUCAUACCAGCCGAGUCAACGCCGUGUGGAGACUGAGACUGUCUAUGCUUUGCACAGGGCCUUUGUAAAUUCAAAUCUUGCUGCAUAUUUCCAAAUUGAUUUUGGUCUGGACUUUGACUGGGCCAUUGAAAUCCUUUGAUCAUACCCACUUGCGUUAGCUGUGUGUUUAGGAUUGUUGUCAUGCAGGGAUGUGAACCUCAAUCUCUAAACAUUAGCCCUCUCUAACAGACCUUGUCGCGUCUUUUUCCAUCUUCCCCCACAACUGUACAAAGCUUCCUUGAAGAAAUGCAUCCCCACAACAUGACACUGCUACCACCAUGUUUCACCCUGGGAAUGGUGUGUCCAGGGUGAUGUGCAGUGUUAGGUUUUAGCAACCAUGUGUGCAUGAGGACAAACAGUUGAAAUCCUUCCACACAUCUGCAGUGCGCCCUAAUCAUGUGCACUGGAUUUUACUUAGAGGUAUCAAAGUAAAAUGAAGUAAAUACAAAAUACACACCACACUUUUGAGAAUUGUAUUUAAAAGAUAAACAUGUAGCAUUUUUCUUCCAGUUAUCCACAGCUUUGUGCUUCUUUAUCAUCUAAAAGACAUUGGGGCUUGUAGUAGAACGAAAAGGUGAAAAGUUCAAAGGCUCUGGCAAAACAUAACAAAAAUGGCUCCACAAAUGAGAGUUUCAAAUCAUUUUUAUGCAACCCAGGCUGGUCCAGCAUCCCCCCCUCCCCCUGAUCACUUCUUCUUGAAGCACAGGCUCCCAACUGUCUGUCCCUCUGCUCCUUCACACACAUUAAUGAGCCCCUGUUGAAGGCACGCAUCUUAGCCCUGCAAUUCUGCUCCACUCCUCUGUUCCUCAUUCGGACAAUGGACGCUCAGCUCAUAUUAGGAUAAUAGAAUUAAAUUUCAAAUAGAUUUGUGCCUGGGCUGAUCCAGCCACGGCUCACUCAGCUGCAGAGGCAGAGUGGCAUAUGGCAGGUCAUUAUCUAAAGCCCACCCUUCCUCCACCUUCCCUCCUCCCCCCAUCCAGGGCCAACAGGGUUCAGCGGCGCUUAAACAAACCGAAGGUUAGGACUGGCUGUCUGGCUGGCGUCGGAGGGGAGGACAGCAGGGUCUGAGUGGUGGUGGUGGUGGUUGGGAGGGAGGCGGGCGGGUGGUGUUGCUAUAUCACAGACGCCACAGCAUCUCUGAGGGCCUGAGUGCCGCACCAUGGCGCCCCGGCUUGUUUUAAAAGCCAGGCUGCGAUUGAUGGAGGGGGAUUUGUUUUCUGUUGGAUUAUACAUGCUCGCUCCCUGCUUGACUGAGGGGCCCUGUGCAAUCUGACAGAGAAAAGAAGGAAUGAAUAAAAAGAAAAAAGGAAGGAUGCGGAUAAUUUUUGACUCAGAAAAGCCUCAAAGCAGUGGUAAUCAGGAUAAUUGACACGUUCCCUCAAAUAUUUGACUGGAGACUUAAUGUGUCUCGCUUUUCUGCAGAGAAAUCCUCUAUUUUCACUAACCAGAGAAACAUUUCAACUCAUCUUGUUCUGCGAAUGAUUAAUCACAGCAACACCGCCUUCUGAUCGAGGACAUUUAAAUCUAUAACUUAUCUCUGAGGCUACAGACCUCUAUUGACUGCUAACACAUUCUCAAGGGCAAUGAGAGACUCAUGGAGGAUGGUUGGAGGGCAAAGUGUAGGAAAAGUGACUUAUGCUGGCUGUAAAAAUCCCUUAGUAAAUCCCAAUAAGUCCAUUAAGACCUUUGCCCUGUAUAAAGGUUUAUAGUCGCAUAUUAUGCACCUUAAAUACUGCUGAGAAGCAAAGGGGGAAGCAGACUCAGCUCUUUUGCUCUCAGAACGAAGGGGGGAGGAGAAAGAAAAGGCAGCUGCUUGCCCUGUGGAGUGCUGGAGGCGCUUCUCCAACCUCCACACGACGGGUGUGGUGAGGGUCACUCCAGUCAUGUCCCUCCUCAAUCUGGGCUCUUGUCUUCGAUCCUCCUUAGGAUCUGAGAUUGGAUGAAUUUAUGACACCAGUUCUCUCUGUUUCCCUCAUACCUGGCAGGAAAACACUUCCAUCAAUAAUUCACACUGUCCGGGAGAGAAUUGUGUCUCUAAACCACCAGCUAUAGCUGUGUUGCACUAUAUGUCUUUGAAGAUGUGUUGCUUUUCUUCACAAAUCUCUGAGGUUAAAAAUGUGAAGGCAUGGGCUUGUUAGUGGCACCAAGGUUUUCAGAAGCGACAGUGAUGUUCCUAUAGUUUUAAAACGGAUACCACUUUACUGGCAGCAGAGAAAGUGAAAUUCUUUUCUCAGGCUCAAUGGAGAAAAACCUGCCCCUCCCACACGUGUUGCUGCACAUUGUCUGUCAUCUGGCUGAAAGAGGGUUUUACACUUCUCCUAGAUCAAGACGAAAAAAAUAGGCUCUUAGGAAAUUUUUCUUUCAAAAAACAAAAACAAAAUGAAAUGAGCUCUACCCAUCAUUGUUUGUAAUUUAACAGUGACUAUAAAUUACAAAUGUUAAGAUCUGCUUGUAAACUACAGGCUAGCUAUCCAAGCAGCUAAGUAUCGAUGUGUCAAGUGAAUGGCCUCUAAGAGACAAAUCUUCAGCUGCUUCUUCUCAGCUCUUCUGACAGUCCAUGCAGGCAGGACUUUACUUUGAUCAGUGCAAGUGAUUUGAUGAUGAAGACAGCAAAUAAAUUCCUAAAUUUAAAAUCAGAUAACGAGUAAAUCUGCUCAGAUACCUGUGAAUUUUUGCUCUGUUGUUCAUUUUAAAGUUUUACUAAAUUGUUAAACGAUAGUAAAAAGAAAAUAAUAAUAAUAAGAAGAAGAAAUUUUAUCUAAAAGCACUGAUUAAAAAAUGUGUAUCAUCACAAACUGUUUAGAAUUAGAAAAUUAGGCCAAAACGGCGAUUUGAUGAUAUUCUGCACGUUAAGCACUUAAAAAAAACUAAGAAUUUUUGCUUAUGUUUAGGGAUCCACUUCAAAGUGCAAUAAUUAAAUGAUAAAAAUAUCAAACCUGUUAUAAUUAACCAGUACUGGAGGAGAUCAUGUCAUACAUUUUUUAAAAUAUUAGUGUUUUUAUUGUGUACACCAUGGUGAUGUCUCUUAUAAGUUAGAGUCUGCUACGAGCCAUUGUUUGGACAGAUAUGAGCACGACAGAUGUUAAAUAUAAUUUUUAUAAACUGUGCCAUGAGGCAAAAAAAAAAAAAAAAAAAAGCUGAAUUUUUUUCCCCUGAAGCCACAACUUCACAGCAGGGUGUUCCCGGAGCUUACACCCUUUUUAUUUCUGUGUAUGUUUAAAUGAAAAAGCUUAUGACCUCCACAUAUUCAUCUGGUCUGCGCAGCCGGUCUAUUACUGAAUCCAAUCUAAACGCAAAAGUCUGAGGAUUUUGCCUUUUUGUUCUCUCUCUUUGGAUUCUUUUAUGGUUUGUGAGGCAGUUUCUGUGUUUUCGUCCUUUUUUUUUCCCCCAGAUGAUCUCAAGUGCACCAACGCUGCCAAAGUACGAGGGUGCCGCAACCUUGAGAAAAUAAUAUAUAUGGAAAUGGGAAAUCUAUAAAGCAUCUCUCUUAUUGUUUUCCCUGCAGUACUGUGUUUUAAAAAAAUGGUUUUGUCUCCUCAGGAUGAAAAAAAUGUAAAGAGUACAAUGCUUCUUUCUUCUUUUCAAACAAUAAUGAUAUACGAGUCUUAGAUUUCGAAAAAGAAGUCUGAAUAUAAAAAGAAAAGCUGUAAAAUCCUUUAGUCGCGGGGGUUUUCAGCUUUUGAAUGUGCCUACAGCCAAGCAUCACAGUGACGGCUUACCCUCUCCAGAUCUGCAACCAUCAUCUUCAAUUUGCUGAAACUGCCACAGUCACUCCUCCAUCUCAACCAUCACAGGAGACAUUUUCUCUGCUCCCUGCUUUUUGUCAAUCUCAGGACUGGAGUUUCUUUACUUUAAUGUAGAUUGGCUGUUUUUCAUUUGACCUUUCCUCUCUUAUGUACAAUGUUUGACAUAAGGAAAUAAAGCAGAUGACUUCUA